CAAGUGUUGACUGUGAGGAUCACCCCAGUCAGUCAUGGGUCAUCUUGGGAUUCAGAUGUGGACAUGGACACUGUGUGUCCUCUUGAGCUGGAUGUGUGUGGGUCAAGUUUUGGCAGGACCGCAGUACAUGGUAGCCAUUCCUGCGGUUCUUGAAGCUGGAGCUGAAACCAAAUUCUGUGCAAGUCUCCUGCAGCCCAAUGAGACUGUGGUCAUGACUAUCAUUCUGAGGUCCCAAGACAAGAACACAACUCUUCUCAAACAAAUAAUCAGUGAAGAGUUUCAUGCCUGCAACCAUUUUCAGGUUCCUGUAGUGCAGAAUCAAGACGUGCAGAGGUUUGAGGUGGAGGUACAAGGCGACACAUUUUACUCAAAAAAAGUCAGGAAAGUCAUGAUCAGAGUCUAUCAACCGAUGACAUUCAUCCAAACAGAUAAACCGAUGUACCUCCCUGGACAAACAGUGCAUUUCAGAGUCGUUACACUUGAUACCAGGUUUAGACCUGCCAGUCGACUGUACAAUAUAAUUGAAAUUGAGGAUGCUAACAAUAACCGGAUUGGACAGUGGCUGAAUGAAACAUCCAGUGGUAAAAUAUUGCAGCUGUCUUACUCCCUGAACUCUGAGGCUCAUGAAGGACCCUACCAUGUUAUUGUCUCAUUUGGUGAAGAAAAAAUCUAUCACAGCUUCAAAGUGGAGAAAUAUGUUUUGCCUAAAUUUGAUGUGAAAAUUGAUACAUCUGAUGAAGUAAGUAUUGAGCAGGAGGAAAUAAAGGCUGAAGUCUGUGCAAAAUAUACAUAUGGACAACCUGUGCCAGGCAGUGUUAAAGUUAAGGUGUGUCGACCUCUUCAAGGUUAUUAUGGCCCCAUGAUAAUCACUCCUGACAAUCCAGAGGGAAUCCCUGAGAUAACAACCCCAUGCCACAAGGAGACAGUGCAGACAGACAAGACAGGCUGUGCCGCUUUUACCUUCAAAAUGUCAGCUUUCACAAAAAUUGACCAAAAGGUGCUGCGGGAUCACCUGGACCUCAGUGUCGAAGUGGAAGAGGAAGGGACAGGGAUUUCACUCCCACAACAGAAGAGGAUCCAAAUUUCAUAUGUUAUUGGAAGACUGUCCUUCAUUGACACACCCAAGAUUUAUAACCAGGGAUCAAAUGUGGAGGGAAAAGUUAAAGCAGUUCAUUACAAUGAUACACCCAUUCCUGACAUGGUGCUCUACCUGUUAGAGAGUGACAGGUGGCUACAGAAUCUCACCACUGACAGCGAUGGUGUCGCCACAUUCUCAUUUAGCACAGCUAACUUCCAAAGGGACAUCCAAUUCCAUGUUAACAGUGCACCAACACUGGGCUACUCUGUUUACAGAACUGUAUUCUAUGAGGCUGGGCAUCAUAGAGUGUCUGUGGCCCAACUUCCUUCUCCUGAUACUAAAGUAGUCAGCUCCCUGGAGGUGAUGAAGAAGGAUAAGCCUCUUACUUGCGAAAGAGAGGAGGACAUCUUUAUCCAAUACACUGUGGUUGGAGAGAAGCAGGGCUCUGUGGAUGUAAUGUACCUGGUCUUAUCCAGAGGAGCCAUUGUCAUCCAAGGAUUUAAACAGGUUGAAGUGCAAGAUACAUCAGUGAAUGAGGGGGAGGUGUCCUUUAAGUUGAGCGUGCCACCAGAAAUGGCACCAGAUGUCCAGGUUGUGGCUUACGCCAUCCUCCCCAGUGAGAAUGUGAUCGCCCACAGUGCUGACUUCUCCACAGAGAAAUGCUUCAGUCACAAGGUGUCGCUGGAGUUUUCUCCAUCCUCAGCUGUCCCAGGAGAAGAGACCACCAUGCAGGUGAUGGCCCAGCCAGACUCUCUUUGCGGUGUGAGUGCUGUUGACCAAAGUGUCCUCAUCAAGGAGCCAGGGAAGACUCUGAAUGCAGACAAGAUUUUCAACUUGUUGCCUGUCAGCAGAGUGUCCAAUGUUCCACAUGAGGUUGAAGAUCCUGUAGAGUGCAUACAUGUGAGACCAAGAAGAUACGUUAUGCCAUAUCCUGGACAAGAGAUCGAUGAUGCUCAAACAGUUUUCCAGAACGUAGGACUGAAGAUGGCAACAAACAUGGUUAUCCGAAUGCCUUUAUGCUUCAAGUACGAAGGAGGAGAGUACCACCUUGCUUUACUUAUUCCUGGAUUAGCUGGAUCAGCACCUCGUGUGGGAGCCUAUCCUGAUGCUCCACGAAUCGAGACAGUCCGAACUUUCUUCCCUGAGACCUGGAUAUGGGACCUGGUGGAAGUUGGAGAGACUGGAAUAAAGGAUGUGUCCCUCACUGUACCAGACACCAUCACCACCUGGGAGACGGAGACUUUCUGUCUGUCCCAGCAGGGAUUUGGUUUGGCACCACGUAAAGAAAUCAGGGUCUUCCAGCCCUUCUUCCUUGAGCUCACUCUGCCCUACUCCAUCAUGCGGGGGGAGCACUUUGAACUGAAAGCGACCACCUUCAACUACCUGACCAGUUGUAUCAUGGUCUCUGUGACUCCAACACCCUCCUUAGAUUACACCCUCACCCCCCUCUCUGGUAAUGAGUACAAAUCCUGUUUGUGUGGCGGUGAGCGCAAGACCCUCAGCUGGACCAUGGCCCCCUUAAACUUAGGGGUUAUGAAUGUGACUGUGACUGCUGAGGCUGUGGCAUCCGACGUUUCAUGUGACAAUGAGGUCGUGAGCGUGCCAGAGAGAGGUCGUAUCGACGUGGUCACACGAUCUCUCAUUGUAAAGGCUGAGGGAACUGAGAUGACAAAGGUUCACAACUGGCUGCUCUGUCCCAAAGGAGAGGCUUUGACAGAAGAAAUAGACAUACAGCUCCCUGAGAAUGUGAUUGAUGGAUCUGCCCGUGCUUCACUAUCAGUCCUGGGUGACAUCCUGGGUCGAGCCCUGAAGAACCUGGAUGGGCUGCUGCAGAUGCCGUAUGGAUGUGGGGAGCAGAACAUGGCGCUCCUGGCUCCCAACAUCUACAUCCUCCAGUACCUGAAAAACACACAGCAGCUGACCCCAGCCAUCAUGGAAAAGGCUACCAACUUUCUGACCAGUGGCUACCAGAGACAGCUGAACUACAAGCACUAUGGUGGUGCUUACAGCACAUUUGGGUCAGGAACAGGAAACACUUGGCUGACUGCUUUUGUGUUGAAAUCUUUUGCCAAAGCAAAGUCUUUCAUCUACAUUCACCCCCAAAAUAUUGAAGAGUCUAAGACUUGGCUGGAGAGCAAACAACGAAAAAAAAAAGGCUGCUUCAAGCAGUUGGGAAAACUCUUCAACAACAGAAUGAAGGGUGGUGUGUCUGAUGAAGUGACUCUCAGUGCUUACAUCACUGCUGCCUUCUUGGAGAUGAACAUGUCUGCAAAUGAUCCUGUAGUGAAGAACAGCCUGUCUUGCCUCAAGGAGUCCAUUGGCGACCUCAGCAACACCUACACUGUAGCUCUGAUGGCGUACGUCUUCACCCUGGCAGGAGACAUGAACACCCGUGCUGUCCUUCUGCAGCACCUGGACACAGUUGCUCUAAAAGAAGGGGGUAUCCUCCGAUGGUCUCAGACAGCUACAGAAAUGUCAGCCUCUCUGUCUGUGGAGAUCGCCUCCUAUGUGCUGCUGGCCAAACUCAGCGCCUCCCCCACUGCUGAAGACCUGGGCUACACCUCUCGCAUUGUCAGAUGGUUGACAGGCCAGCAGAACUAUUAUGGAGGCUUCUCCUCCACACAGGACACAGUGGUGGCUCUUCAGGCUCUGGCUCUUUACUCCACUCUGGUGUUCAGUCCUGAAGGUUCAAGCACAGUGACAGUGCAGUCCCCCAGUGGCCAGCUGACAUUUGAUGUGAACCAGAACAACAAACUGCUGUACCAGGAGAAGAUACUGCAGGAUGUGACAGGAAAGUACAGCCUGGAGGUGAAGGGCACUGCAUGUGCUGCAAUGCAGAUUUCUCUUCACUACAAUAUCCCAACUCCUACUGAUGUCACCACUGUCAGUGUUGAAGUAAAACCAGAGGCCAACUGCACCAGCAAAUCUCACAGACCCAAACUCACUCUGAAUAUCUCCUCAUUAUACAGUGGUAAGGAGACCACUACAAACAUGGUGAUCCUGGACAUCAAAAUGCUUUCUGGUUUUACCCCUGACUCAGAGUCUUUGAAGCGACUCAGAGGUGCCCUGCUGGUGGAUCAUGUUGAACAAAAGGAAGAUCAUGUUCUGGUGUACAUGCAGGAGUUACCAAAGGACAUAGGCAUCAACCACAGCUUAGAGAUCAUACAGGUGCUCCCAGUGCAAAACCUGAAGUCGGCCGUGGUCAAGAUCUAUGACUACUACCAGCCAAGUGACCAGGCUGAGACAGAAUACAUUUGCCCCUGUACUGCAGGUAACAAUCUGGAAUAACAUAGUGUCCAUAUUGCAAGAACAGUAUUUUACACAAAUCAUAAUGAAAUAAUUGUAGAAUUUUUGACAUUUACUUUUGAAUGCUAAUUUUAUUGAUGAGAAGUCUCAAUUUUAAAUUUAAUAUGAUGAUGUGAAGAGGUUGGUUCUUACAUUUUUCCUUUAAUCUGCAGCUUGAAGACUGAUGUGUUCUCUGUGAUCACAGUAAAUUGUUUUAAUUGUUUUAAUAAAUAAGGUUAUGUAUAAAGAUA